AUGGGCUAUACCACACUUUGGAAAAGGCUGUCGCCGCGUCAGCUGAAUGGCGCUAUUCAAAUCUUUUCGUUGAUCUCGAUCUUCUUCGAGGGAUAUGACCAAGGUGUGAUGGGUGGCGUCAACAGCGCACCCAAAUAUGUGACAGAGGUUGGUAUUGGUAGACCGGAUGGGACAGUGACCGACACCACUCACCAGGGCGGCCUUGUCAGCGUCUAUUACCUGGGUGCGAUCUUCGGUUGUUUCGCUGGCGGCUGGCUUGCAGAUCGAGUUGGUCGGAUCAACGGCUUACUCGCGGGAUCAUCUUUUGCGUUGAUCGGUGGUGCCCUGCAAGCGGCUGCACAGGAUUCAAAUUUCAUGCUGUGCGCUAGAGUGGUCACAGGAAUCGGGACCGGGGGAAUCUCCAUCGCAUACUGGAUCUCCUUCGGCCUCGCGUUUGUCGAUGACGGUUACUCGGACGUACGAUGGCGCUUCCUUCUUGCCUUCCAGUGUUUCCCGGCCCUUAUACUGGUUGCCUUUAUCAAAUUGUUGCCGGAUAGCCCCCGUUAUCUGGCCUCGGUGGGGCGGAAUGAUGAAGCACGAGACCUUUUGAGUCGUAUUCGCAAAGACUGGGCCACUCAGGACGAUAUUGACCGAGAAUACCUUGAGAUUAUAAUCACUGCGGAGGGAAACAAGCGCAGCUCCCCCUUUGAGUUUGUAAAGAUCUUGUUUGGAAAGGGUGGAAAGCCGGGCCUGAAUCUCGGCCGACGAGCUUGGUUGUGUGUAUGGCUUCAAAUUAUGGCGUCCUGGACUGGUAUUACGGCCGGAGCUGUCUAUGAAGGCUCCCUGCAUAACCCUGAAAAGGCAUCUCAAUAUGCACCAGGUGCUGUGACAAUGCUCUUUUUAUUCAACCUGGGUUAUGCUGCCACUUGGGGCACCGUUGCUUUCUUGAUCCCUACUGAGAUCUUCCCGAGUGAUCUAAGAGCCCAAGGAAAUGGAUUUGGAAUCACAGGGUGGGCUAUUGGAGUGGGUAUGACCACUUUAGUCAACCCUAUCAUGUUUAAUGUCAUGACCAGCCGUACAUACUUUUUGUUUGCUGGCCUUAACCUCACGUGGAUCCCGAUUGUCUACCUAUUCUACCCCGAAACCCGCAACCGCUCUCUUGAGUCAAUUGACGCUCUUUUCUCGACCACCAGUCCAUUCUACUGGAAGAUGGAACAGGCAUAUAAGCUCCAUGGUGAUGUCCUCGCCGAACAUGGAGUCAACAGAAGCGAGGAUGGUAGUGACGGCAAGACCGAGCUGACAACCACCCCAUCCAAGAGGGAAACCGUCCAAACACUCCACCCACCAUUUCUGUCACAAUAA